AUGAGUGAGAUGGAAAACGGACAACAAGCUGUGCCACUAAGCCUUUUUGAAUGUUACAAUAUGUCCAACAUUGCAAAGCUCGAGUUUGCAACACUUGAAGUUAGUGGGAAAAACUAUGUACAAGGUGAAACACAAGUUUUCCUUUGUAAACAUAUUGAUGAAAUGUUGAGAUUUGAAUAUCUUGAUGUUACUGAUCCAAUUAUUAUCUGGAAUCUUUUGAAAGAAAGAUUUGAUCAUCAAAAGAAACUUAUACUUCCAAAUGCUAGAGAUGAAUGGAGAACACUAAGGUUUCAAGACUUCAAGAAGGUAAAUGAAUACAGCUCAGCUUUAUUCAGAAUAUGUUCACAACUUAAGUAUUGUGGACAAGAAGUUAUUGAUGAAGAUAUGUUGGAGAAAACUUACUCCACGUUUCAUGCAAAAAACAUUACCUUGAUGCAACCAUAUCGAUUGCAAAAGUUCACAAGAUGUUCUAAACUGAAUGCAUGCCUGCUUAUUGCAUAG